AGGGUCAGCUGAGAGUGGAUGCCAAUGUUUCUGUGCAUCGCCCUGGAGAGCCUUAUGGAGUGAGGACUGAAGUGAAGAACAUCAAUAGCAUACGAUUCCUGGCAAAAGCAGUAGACUAUGAAAUACAGAGGCAAAUUGAAGAACUCGAAAAUGGAGGAACAAUUUUGAAUGAAACAAGAGCUUUUGAUUCCAAACUUGGGUGCACUAUACCAAUGAGAGACAAAGAAGGAAAACAGGAUUAUCGGUUCAUGCCAGAGCCAAACCUUCCUCCAUUGAUUCUGUACAAUGCAAAAUCUUUGCCGGCUAAUAUGAACCAUCAGCAAGCGGUUAAUAUUGACUGGAUUCAUGAGAGACUUCCUGACCUCCCCAGUGUGAAGAGAGCAAAGCUUGUUGAACAGUAUGGGAUUCUUCCUGAACACAGCUUCACCUUAAUGAAUGAAGAUGGAUUAACAGAAUUCUUUGAAAAUGUGGUAAAACAGACCCAGAUGAAGCCAAAUAAAGCGAUCGGCUGGAUUCUCAAUGACCUGCUCAGUUAUUUGAAACAGCAUUCCCUUACAGUAAAGGAAAGCCCAGUCAGUUCUUUUCUCCUGGCUGACCUUCUGAACCUGCUAGAAAAAAAAGAAAUUUCCUCUACAGCAGCAAAGCAGGUUCUUGCGGAAUUGUGGAAGGGAGAAGGGAAGACUCCUCUUGAAAUUGUUAAAGAAAAGAAACUGGAACUGAUACAGGAUCAAGAAGAGCUUGAACAGAUCUGCCAGGCAGUGAUUGAUGGACAAGAAAAUGAGGUUAUGGCAAUAAAAGCAGGAAAUCGAAAAGUUCUAAAUAAGUUAAUUGGCCUGGUACAACGAGAAACACAAGGACGAUCCAAUCCUGUUCUAGUGAAGCAAUUAUUAGAGAAGAAGCUGUCAGAGUAG